UUUUUGCUACGUGUCAGGAAGUUCUGUAGUCAAACAUGGCGGCGCAGCAGGGAGAUGUUGAUGAACUCUUCGAUGUGAAAAAUGCCUAUUAUAUUGGCAGUUAUCAGCAAUGUAUCAACGAGGCUCAGAAGGUGAAGCCGUCAACAGCAGAAAAGGAGACUGAAAGAGACAUGUUCUUGUACAGAGCAUACAUUGCGCAGAGGAAGUAUGCUGUUGUCCUGGAUGAUAUCAAGGGCAACUCUGCACCAGAGCUUCAGGCUGUCAGGAUGCUUGCUGAGUACCUGUCCAGUGAAAGCAAAAGGGACGCUAUUGUUGCUGAUCUAGACAAGAAGAUGGCGAAGAGCGUGGAUGCUGCCAACACCACCUUCCUCCUCAUGGCGGGCUCCAUCUACUACCAUGAGAUGAACACGGAUGCUGCUCUCAGGACUCUGCACCAAGGAGAAAGCCUCGAGUGCAUGGCCAUGAGCAUUCAGGUGUUGCUGAGUCUGGAUCGUGUUGACCUGGCAAGGAAAGAGCUGAAGAAGAUGCAAGAGCAGGAUGAGGAUGCUACUCUAACCCAGCUGGCCACAGCCUGGGUUAACAUUGCUGUGGGUGGAGAGAAGCUCCAGGAUGCCUACUACAUUUUCCAGGAGAUGUCCGACAAGUACUCCUCAACACUGCUGCUCCUCAACGGGCAGGCGGCCUGUUACAUGGCUCAGAACAAGUGGGAGGAGGCUGAGGGAGUGCUACAGGAGGCUCUGGACAAGGACAGCAGUCACCCUGAGACGUUGAUCAACCUCAUAGUGCUGACUCAGCACCUGGGCAAAGCUCCCGAGGUAACCAAUCGAUACCUCUCUCAAUUGAAAGAUGCACACAAAGCACACCCAUUCCUCAAAGACUACUUAGCCAAGGAGAACGAGUUCGACAGACUAGUGAUGCAGUACGCUCCCACCGCUACAGCAUAAGCCAUCUGCUUCUGCCGAGACACCUCAACCAUGGACUUCAGUACAAACACCAUGAAGUUAUCUUUAUUAGCUGCAUCGCUGCAUUUGUUUUGAUACCUGUCAGAAAAAAAAAAGUCAAAUUUAAACUGUAGCUAUAUUAUUUAAACAAGACCAGAAGUCAUCAUUUCCCCUGUGUGUAGAUGAAACAUGUCCAUCCUUUAUUAAUUUGGAAUUUCUCUUAUGAAAUCUGUUUUAAUGUAAGCAUUCCUCUGAAUUGAUAAUAAAUGUAUAAUUCCUG